AUGUUUAAUUUCUCAGGAAAUUCUAACCAAAGUGGCCAAUCGGGACAAGGUUUCAGCUUUGGAACAAAUAAUAAUCAAAAUCAAAACAACACCGGCCAAAAUACAUUCACCUUCGGCAAGGGUGAUGGUGCAUCCUCAAACAGCGAUAAUGCAAACAAGCCUGUAUUUUCAUUCUCCUCCGAUAACAAUAAGCCGAGCUCACUAGUGACUUCUAAUGCAGGUACAGAGAAAAAAGCUCCACUGUUUGGAUCUAACCCGUCAUCGACCCAGGCUCAAUCACAAUCACAAUCACAACCUCAGCCUCAGCCUCAGGCGUCAUUGUUUGGCUCAGCCGCCACCUCAUCGAAAACCGAAAGUAAGCCUGCGUUUUCCUUUGGCGCAACCAGUGCCUCUAACACAAGUUCGUUGUUUGGUGGACAGAAGACAGAUUCGAAAUCGACAGCUUUCAGUUUCGGAGAUGCUCAAAAACAUGACGCUAAACCGACUACCGGUUUCUCAUUUGGAAGUUCUCAGUCUCAGAAUUCAAACGCAUCUAAUAAUCAAGCCACUCAGUCAUCAGGAAAUACUUUCAAUUUCGGUUCUACUUCCAAUGCAAAUGCAGCAGAAUCCAAACCUCUGUUUGGUUCUGGAACUGCGGGUACUGGUAACUCUAACUCUUUUCUCAGUGGAGCAAGUUCAUCUCUACCCAGUGAUAAACCGAAUGAGAAGCCAACUUUUAGCUUUGGAGGUCAAUCAGAUAAACCCUCGUUUUCGUUUGGUUCUAUGUCUGAAAAAAAGCCAGAAUCUUCGGCUCCUGGUUCUGCACCAGGCUUCUCCUUUGGUGAGAAGAAGACUGAAGAUGCGAAACCUACCGUUUCCUUCGGUGAAAAAAAAGAGGAACAAACGAAGUCUACCACGGGCUUUUCUUUUGGGACGCAAAACACGGAACAGCAGAAACCUAACUCUGGAUUAUCCCUUGGUGGCAACAGGUCUGAAAAUGAAAAGCCAGCUUCAUUUACAUUUGGAGAUAAAAAUAAAAGCUCAGAAAAUGCAAAAUCUUCUUCGCUUUUCUCGUUUGGAGGUAAUAAGGCAACUUCCAAUGAGGAAGGCGCUUCAAGCGGUACGUCAACCAUUAAAGAGCCAAGUAAAAGUACGGGAUUCAAUUUUGGGGCUAAAGAUGAAACCAAAACGCCUGGAGCAUCUACUACUCCAGCUUUUUCUUUCGGCACUUCUAAAACUGAUGAUAAAGCUGCCGCCGGUGGUUUCAACCCGAACUCUACAAAAGAUUCCUGCAAGGAGGAUGCGACAAACAAUAACGAAAAGAAAGAAGAUAAGAAAGUUUCGUUUGGCUCUGGUCGCGACAAAGCUCAAGUUAAACUCGAGGACAUCAAGCCGCAGCCAAUAUCGAUUAAGAAUAAAACACUAGAGGAUCUCAUAACAAAGUGGACAAAUCAACUCUCCUCUUCUGCUAAGAUAUUCGAAAACUACAGCGACAAAAUUAAUAGUUGGGACCAGAUACUUGUUUCUUCGUCAGAAAAAAUCUCAAAAUUGUAUGCAGACUCUCUGACAUGCGAUCAGAAACAGUCCAAAAUUGAUCAGACUCUCUCGUACAUUGAAAAGCAACAGGAAGAACUUGAUAAGUUGCUAGAUGGGUAUGAGAAGCAGUCUGAGUCGCUUCUUGCUUCGGUGCAGCAAGUGAGUAGCGGCAAUGGGAAUGAAAGAGUGUUCACAAACGACCAAAUUCGGGAGAAUUCGUAUAGGCUUGCAGAAAGUCUUGAAAACAAGCUUGACUCUUUGGAGACUAACUUUUCCUCCUUGAUUUCCGAAGUCAAUGAGGUGAGCGAUUCAUUCAACAGGUCUCUGCUCUCUUCAAGCUCUAAAAGCCUUGAAGAGGAGUCUUCGAUGGAAGAUAUCCUCAAAUUACUGAAUAAUCAUUUAGAGAGUCUUAACUGGAUUGAAAAGAACGAAAAGCUUCUGAAGGAGCAAGUGGAAUCUCUUACGCGCUCUACAAUAUAG